GGAAGAUUUCUUCAUGACUAUGGUGACCAUAUAAGAAUAAAAGACCAAGCUAUGAUAGCAACUGGUGGAGUAAUCACCGGCCUGGCUGCCUUGAAAAGGCAGGACUCAGCCAGGUCCCAGCAGCAUGUCGCCCUCAGCCCGUCGCCUGCUACCCAGGAGAAGAAGCCCACCAGGCGGCGGCCCCGGGCAGACGUGGUGGUCGUGCGUGGCAAAAUCCGCCUUUACUCUCCGUCUGGUUUUUUCCUCAUGUUGGGAGUGCUUAUCUCCAUCAUAGGAAUUGCAAUGGCUGUUCUUGGAUACUGGCCCCAAAAGGACCAUUUUAUAGAUGCUGAAACAACGUUGUCGACAAAUGAAACCCAGGUCGUUCGAAACCAAGGUGGCGUGGUGGUCCGCUUCUUUGAGCAACAUUUACAUUCUGAUAAAAUGAAGAUGCUUGGCCCGUUCACAAUGGGGAUUGGGAUUUUCAUUUUCAUUUGUGCCAAUGCCAUUCUCCAUGAAAACCGUGACAAGGAAACCAAGGUCAUACACAUGAGGGAUAUCUACUCUACGGUCAUAGACAUCCACACCCUGAGAAUCCAGGAGCAAAAGCAGAUGAAUGGCGUCUACACUGGCUUGAUGGGGGAAGCAGAAGUGAAGCAGAAUGGCGGCACCUGUGCCUCGAGGUUGGCGGCAAACACGAUUGCCUCCUUCUCAGGGUUUAGGAACAGUUUUCACAUGGACAGCUCAGUUGAGGAGGAUGAGUUUACACCAAGUGAAAGUAAGAGUUUUGGGCAGCUCGUGCCUCCUUUGCUCUCUGACAGCUCGGUCUCUGUCUUUGGCCUCUCUCCACCUCCUUCCAAGUCAACUGAUGAUAAGAACAGUGGCCCGAAGAAAUGUGAAACCAAGUCAAUUGUGUCAUCCUCCAUCAGUGCGUUCACAUUGCCUGUGAUUAAACUUAAUAACUGCGUUAUCGAUGAGCCUAGUAUAGAUAACAUCACUGAGGAUGCCGAUAACCUCAAAAGCAGAUCGAGGAAUCUGUCAAUGGAUUCCCUUGUCGUCCCUUUGUCCAACACCAGUGAAUCCUUCCAGCCAGUCAGCACGAUGCUCCCAAGGAAUAAUUCCGUUGGGGAGUCUCUGUCAAGUCAGCACAAGUCCUCUGUGGCCCUUGGACCUGGGACUGGGCAGUUCUUGUCUCCUGGAGCCGCUAGAAGACAGUUUGGGUCCAAUACAUCCUUGCAUUUACUCUCCUCACACUCAAAAUCCCUAGACUUAGACCGGCGUCCUUCCACCCUAACUGUUCAGGCAGAACAACGGAAACAUCCAAGUUGGCCGCGGUUGGACCGAAGCAACAGUAAAGGAUACGUGAAACUAGAGAACAAAGAGGACCCGAUGGAUAGGUUGCUUGUGCCCCCAGCGGCAAUCAGAAAAGACUUUACUAAUAAGGAGAAGCUUCUUAUGAUAUCAAGAUCUCACAAUAAUUUGAGUUUUGAACACGAUGAAUUUUUAAGUAACAACCUCAAGCGAGGAACUUCUGAAACAAGGUUUUAAUGUUAAAAAAUAUAUAUCAUUUUACAAGGCUAUAAAUUUUACAACUAUUUUCACAGGUAUUUCUUUGUUAAAGCAAUGGUUGUAAGCCUUUUUAAACAAGUGGUUUGUAGUGUAUUAGACUUGGCUGCUUGAUUCUAUAAUGGAGAUGGUUGUAUGUUUGGGUUACUUAAAACUAUAUGAUCACUUAUGAUUUUAUUUUUCCAUUCCUUUGAAAGCAUGAUCUCUUUUAUUAACAGGAGUACAAAAAACUUGCAUCCAAAUAAGGCUCAUUUUUUUCUUCAGUUUUAAGUUCUUUCAUUGAUUGUCAUAUUCUUAGAAUGAAGUGUACAGUGUGGAAAAGGGAGGGUACCAAAGUAUGGGCUAGAAGUACCAAAUUCUGACCCAAAACUCAAUAUAUAUUUGUAUAUGGGUGUGAGUAUGAAUCCCAGGAUGUAAUUUUCUGAAAAAUUGUUUUUAUAUAGGAUUGGUUAAAUUAUUUAAAAGAAAAAAUAUAUAGUUUCUUUGUGAGCUAAACAUUAAUAAUUAAUUUACCCUGAGCUCUAGGUAAUAUAUUUUUCAACAUCAGUUCUGUUUUAGUGAUGUUUUUUCAACCAUAUAUUUAAGAUCCAUGGCUAAUAAUGCCAGAUGUUCUUAGGAAUAAAUAUCUAAACAUGACUAGCUGUAACUUUAGCUAUUCAGAAUCAAAAUUUCUUUGCAAACUGACUUGAAAAGUGAACAAACCAAUAUAGAUUUUAGAAAUCUAAUUAUAUUGAAAUAAUUAUGUACCUGAAGAAAAGGUUUAUUAUCUAAUUAAUGGAAAUGCAUUAUAUGCUAGCUAAUGCUAACUAGUCUCAGUACCUUUUUUUUUGUAGCCAUCUCUGUGAUUAUCUAAUGCCUACUCAUUUCCAUUUCCUUAUUUCUCCCCAAUAUUUUUAAAUUCCAGUUACUGGGAAAGCAAUCAGCUAUGCUUGACAUUUCUUUCUAUCUUGGCAAAUCACUGGCUUGGUGGUUCAAGAAAAUUUGGUCCUUGUUGAUUGCCUAGAAAUUUACCUUGUGCUGGAAAGCCUUAUGAUAACUCCAAAGACUUUCUUAUGAUAUAAUUUUUAGGACUGUGGUUCUCAGUUAGUCAAAAUAAUAAAUAUUAAAAUGGAUGUUUCCAUCAGAAAGUUUUCAUGUUUUCCAUUAAAGUAACGUAUAAUCUUAAGAAUUGUUUAAUGAAAUACUCAGGAAAUUUUACACAUUUUCCCCCCCAAUGCCAAAACAUUUCUGAACAUCUACUGCAGUUGUUAUGGUAUGGGAGAAGGGAGAUACAUGUAUGUAUGGUUACCUACAGUUCUACCUUCUAUUUGCAUCAUGAGCUUCCCUGAAUUGAGGCACGGUGGUACUUGUUAGGACAUCUAGCCUGUGUAUUGUCAUAGAGUGGGCUCAAUAUUUUACU